UACUUUCCCUGCGAUUUAUACGAAAACGACUCAAUACUGAGAGUUCUUCAGUCGAAAGGGAUCGGAACAAAGUCCGAGACAUCCAUCGGUUACAUACCAUUCAAUUUAUUCUUUUACGAAGAAUUCAGUGAUAGUGAAGGCGAUGAUAGUUUUGACGACAAUUAUCCGACCCAUGGGUUCAAAGAGGCGACACAAAACUUCAUUAAAUCGGUUACUUCUCGUCUAACUGUGGCUCAAGUGGUGGAAGGAGUGAAAGCGGGAUCUGAAGUGACCUUUGAUUUCUGCGUCUAUACAUUAAUGGCCGGCUUUAUUGCCGCAUUUGGUCUUAUAAACAACGAUCCCGUCAACAUCGCUGCCUCUAUGAUGAUUGAACCCAUUAUGGGAACAGUUAUGGCAAUGACUUUUGGUUUGGUUAUAGAAGACAGAAAGCUAUUUAUGUUAGGCUUCAAGAGUAACAUCAUUUCGUUAAUUAUGUGUCUCAUAAGUGGCAUUUGGCCGACGGGUGAAAUGCAGGGAAGGGGUACUUAUAAGGGACUGAUCUACGGAGUGAUGAUUGCUUUGCCAUGUGGUGGUGCUAUUGCUGUCACUUUGCUGAAUGAGAAUCAAACUGCACUCGUUGGUGUGGCGGUCGCCUCCACUUUUCUGCCGCCAUUUAUAAACACUGGUCUUCUGUGGGCUCUGACCACUCAUUUGCAGAUAAGAGGUCUCCAUCAACAGUCGGUUCCCUACAAUAUGAGCGGCCAAAUAAUGUACUUAAAGCCCGCUUACGCUCCACAGAGUGGAUACACUCCCGUAUAUUCAUAUGAUAUGAGAAUAGAGAAUACGCUAUUGGGUUGUGUGAGUAUGGUUUUGACUGCUCUCAACAUUAUUUGCAUGCUUGUCGUCGCGUAUAUUUUUCUCAAGAUUAAAGAAAUAGUGCCCUUAGAAAAUAUGGCUCCGGGAACUCAACGAUUCUUUAAACAUGAUUUGAAGGUCGCUCGGAAGUACAACCGAAAGUCAAUGGCCACCGGAAAUAAUGAUCCAAUUGGACAGCAAAUAUUGGAGGAAUGGGCCGAAAUCUCUGGACUCGAUAAAAACCAAAUGUUGAGCGAAACACCAGAAGCCAGAGUCACUCAAUUGCAGACACUCUAUGAUAUUGCUCAAGACGUGGAAUCGGAUGAAACAUUCCAGACCGUAAUGGGCAAAGCCGUCGGAAACCCUAAUCAGUUUGGUUUGGGACGACGUCUCACACAACCGGUACUGUUCGGAAGGGGCGCCCGAAAGAGCAUGGCUUCCAACACCCAAUUCCCACAAGUGCUCACUAUUGGACAGGAUAUGCUAAAAGGACAGACCGGACGCCGCUAUACAGUUAGUCCAGCGGUUCUUAAAGCCAGGAAUAGUCGGGCGUUUAUGACGGAAGCAUCGGAUGAUAAUUCUCCGAACUCGACGGUGGGUUCCGUUCGCGGCCUUAAACCAAAUGAGUUAAUCUCAGAGCAGGGAAGGCGUCGGAGCAGUAAUUUAUUACGAAAAUCGUUGAAAAAUUCGUCACAUUUGCCGUAUAGUGUUUGGCCGAGUAGUCAACCCCCGAACAGAUCCGACUCUAUUGUUCCCAAUUUGGGGUUUUACAUACUUUUCAUACGAGAAGAUCAUAAAAGUGACGAUAAGAGUGAAAAUUACACAAAGAAUGAAUACAAUCGACGGAACCAUCAUAUUCUGGGUCCCAUCUACUUUCCCUGCGAUUUAUACGAAAACGACUCAAUACUGAGAGUUCUUCAGUCGAAAGGGAUCGGAACAAAGUCCGAGACAUCCAUCGGUUACAUACCAUUCAAUCUAUUCUUUUACGAAGAAUUCAGUGAUAGUGAAGGCGACGAUAGUUUUGACGACAACUAUCCGACCCACGGGUUCAAAGAGGCGACACAAAACUUCAUUAAAUCGGUCACUUCUCGUCUAACUGUAGCUCAAGUGGUGGAAGGAGUGAAAGCGGGAUCUGAAGUGACCUUUGAUUUCUGCGUCUAUACACUAAUGGCCGGCUUUAUCGCCGCAUUUGGUCUUAUAAACAACGAUCCCGUGAACAUCGCUGCCUCUAUGAUGAUUGAACCCAUUAUGACUUUUAAGGGA